ACGACGGCAGAGUAUGGGAAUCGUGGGCCUGCCGACGCAGCUAAAGGAGGCAUAUGAAGUUGCGAACUUGAGUCAGUUCAAGGGAAAGACCAUCGUGGUAGAUGCGCUAUCGUGGCUGCACAAGGCAUGCUACGGGUGCGCAUACGACUUGGCACUAGGCAACGAGACGCAAACGUACAUUACUUACGUCAUGCGUCGCGUGGAACUGCUCAAGAACGCCGGUAUCCAUCCCAUCUUGGUGUUUGACGGCAAGAAAGUCCCGUUGAAAGCCAAUACCCACGACAAGCGUCAGAGCCUCAAAGACUCGAAUCGUGACUUGGCCAUGAAAAGCUUGCAUGAUGCGCAGAACCUUCACGGCGACGAGCGCAAGGAGAAAAUGAUGAAAGCGCACAACAUGUUCCAGCGGUCGAUCAAGGUCACGUCGGAGAUCAUCUAUGCCGUCCAUGCUGCGCUGCGCAAGGCCAACGUUGAGUUUGUCGUGGCUCCAUUUGAAGCCGAUGCACAGUUGGUAUAUCUAUGUAAAGUGCACAAAGCGUCCGCCAUCAUCACAGAAGACUCGGACAUCCUCGUGUAUUGCAUCACCGCCAACGUCGCCGUGCCGAUCCUUCUCAAGCUAGAAUCUCCUUCUGGCAUGUGCAAAGUCGUGUCCAAGGCUAUUUUGAGAUCGUACGGCGCCACACCCAAAAGCAGCCCAUUCCUCAAGAAACUCGUCCACUUUCUCGGCGACUCGCCCGACAGCAUGCGCAUGUUUGUCCAAAUGUGCAUCUUGUCUGGUUGCGAUUUCAUCGAGUCGUUGCCCAACAUCGGUCCAGUCUCGGCGCAAAAGCAUGUGUUUGCAUUCCGUGGGGCCCCUGGUCACCUCCGCCUCCACCGCAUCGUGGCCAAACUCAAACUGGAUCACAGUCGACUCGCCAUCCCAUCCGAUUACGUCGACCGCUGCCGCGCCGCGGAAGCGCUGUUUUACCACCAUUAUGUGUACAAUGCCGACGCGCGGACAUGUGAAUACCUCGUCAACGACACGGACGUGGCCAUGACCCGCGACAUUUACGACCUCGUGACAUGCCGCGGGUCGUCGAUCGUCGGCGUGCCUGUCGCAGACGCCGACGCGCUCUCUGAUAUGUACCAUGCCGUCCACCACAUUCCGAUCUCGUCGUCGUUGCCACAAGCAGCGACAGCCCCCCCGACGUUUAUCUGUCCGCCCCCGUCCGUGUCGUCUGCCGCUGCUCCUGUCGUUGUGGACACUACAAGUCCAUCGACGAAACAGACAGCCUCUGCCGCUGGCACAUCAUGGCCAAGGCGGAAUGUGGCAAAGCCGACGAUGGGCAUCUUGGGGCUCGUGGAUCAAUACCGGCGACCUGGCUCAACGACCACGUCCAGUGCCAGUCGAGGUGUGGGGAUGAAGCGACCGUUGCCGGACACGAGUGUGGUGAACGACACGAGUAAAAAAAGUCGUACUCCCCCCACGGAAUCCCCUCUGUCGUCGGCGCGGCAAUUGUUUGAGUCGCUGCAAGCGAUGCCUCAGGCGUCGUCAAUGCCCCCGACCCCCAACUCGUCCCCGCCCCCUGCCGCCGCCGUCUCGUUCCCACGACGGACCAGUGGAGGGAUUGUCACGCCUGCGAAAUGUCGGUCCUCGGCGGCAGUCUCCCAGUCGACCGCACCCUCCGCCACGGCAAAGAAGCCCAUCAAGCGACCAACUGCGACCCCAACAACACUACUCGCGUUCUUUUCCAAGAAAGCACUGCCGAUUUAAUAAUACAUCCCCGUG